AUGGAAGCACGCACUGCCCGGCCCAUUGUGCCGUUUGCUGACUCCGCCAACCACUCAAUUGGCUCAUCGGAAGGAGGGACCACCCUGCUGACUUCUGCGGAUAUUGACACCAUCCAGAAGCUUGAAUUUGGCCCCCGCCUCUUGACGCUGAUCAAACAUCGACGCUGGCCUGAUCUGCUGCGUGAACGUGCAGGUUGCUUGUAUCUCUCCCGUCACUGCCUGCUGUGCGGCCAAUACGUAGGCAGGGCACAAGCGAUGCAUCACCAUGUCAGAGCCGUUCACCGAGCAGCCAUUGACCAGGUACAGACAAAGGCAACUCAGUUGACGAACCUGCAUAGCGAUGAGAGUCCUUGCACAGCAUGCGGGGUGACCUUCAUCUAUGGUCACUCCUGCAACGUAUGGUUCCAGGUUGCCCUUUUGAUUGUCCACGGCCCGAGGAUGACAGCUACCUCAGCAACUGAGUCACCGGUGCAUCUGCAGUGCGAGAUAUGUGGCAUCACCUGUGAAACUUCUCAGGAACUCCAUGCCCACCUGAGACAAGAACACAGAUUGGUGAGCUCAGUCUGGCAAGAAAGCAGGGAUAGCUUCCAGGGAGAUCCCGUUUGCAACCACUGCCAUCUUUUGUUUCAAACGAUGGCUGGAUUGCGUUCUCACAUAAACCAGGGCAGAUGUGAGAAGUUUGACCCAGAUCUUUCUUCCACACCCUCUCCUGUCCUGGACAUAUGGCGGGAAGCCUGCUGCCAAGGUGCCUUUGAGCAGGUGCUCCAGAGCUCGCACAACAAGCUCCGCCUGACACUUCAAUGUCAAUGCUGCCCCAAGAGGUACACUCGUGCCGCCGACUUGUCGGCACACAUCCAGGGCUCCCAUGCAGAGAUCUGGAGUGCUGCACAAUUCCUGGUGCACCAGAUGGUUCAACGGUACUAUGGCACCUUGGGCUGUGUUUGCAACCCAUCAUGCAAUGUGAACAGACUUCAUCACAUUUGCUUGCCGUUCUGGCAGCUUGCAAUGCAAUUUGUGCGCCUCCCCAAUGCGAUUUACAUGCCAGCCUGCCAGCGCACCACUGAGAUUGCCAGGGUCCUGCCUCCUCAUGUCCCAGCUGACCAGCGUGAAUCCCUGGAACAAGCUCUUGGCAGAUAUGAUCUGACGACGGUGUGGACUGACUCCCUGCUCCUGGACACCUUGAGUGGCAGCUGCUUGCUGUGUGGCCUCGACAUGCUGCCGGCAGAACUGUACUAUCACCUGCAUGAGGCGCACUCUGGUCUGCAUUCGGUAGUCAAAUCAUAUGUCACACAAUUGCAGUCGCACGUCAUGCCACACUUCGAUAGUGAUUGUGCCUGCUUUGCAUGUGGCCAGAUUUUCAAUACCCCAACAGCAGCCACUGAUGCCGCUACACUUGCCUCCAGACAACAGCUGGUUCAAGCACACGUACGUGCACAGUGCCCAAGCGUCUUGCAACUUGCUAUGGAGAACGAUGGAGCCAUUCAACAGAUGCUGCAAUCCUUUCAGAACCUGGUGCCUCUCCUGGAUCCCAACCUGAAGUUGCAGCCAAACCCAGGCGCAAGCAAAAAACAACGCAGACUUCCGGCCGAAGAAGCAAAUGGCCGCGCUCAAACACCAGGUCCUCGCCAAGAACAAGCCCAAGAUCAACGGAAGAUCCUGGAAAUGAUGGCGCGACUGCUUCUGAGAGUGGAUCGAGACCUACAGGUGCUGCAGCGGGAAACCACCUUCAUCUUCUAUUUCAGCUGCAACGAAGAAACGGGAGUGCUCCCUCAGCUGCUGCAGGUGGCGGACAAGUGGCACAAGGACAUGCAGGCGGGUGCAUCAUCAUCGAAGAUGCCAUUGAGACAGGUCCUGUCGCAAACAGUGAUCCAUACACUGGCGACACGGGUCACCAAACUGCUGGAAGCCCAGGAAGAUUCCCAACUGAUGCAAGUGGCCCGGAAAUCCCAAAUUUUGCUGGAGAACAAGACGGUGCCGUUCAUGGAAUGGAAUGGACACGAGCAACGCCUGCAGAUCUCCAGCAAAACUCCAGUGAGCUUGACCAAAAUGAGCCAGCACUGCACCGAACUGAUGGACAGCUUCAGCAAUGCCAACCUCAUCAUGAAGUUCCACUCGCUGCCCACCAAGCAGGGCAGCCUGGUGACUCCCUGGCGUCUGCAGAUGUCAUGCAGGGAGGACAGGACAUACGAGCUGCUGGCACAUCUGGCUCAGUCCCAAAUUUGGACGCUCCUGGCAGCCAGCCUCAAGAUGCACAACCAACACCAAAGCUCCCUGGCGACCAAUAUCGAAACCAGCCUGGGACUGAAACCGAACAAGGGUCAGGGAAAGGGCAAGACACGCCACAAAGGCAAAGCCAUGAAGAUGGAGCUUGCAAAUCCGAACAAUUGGUGCUUCUGCAAUGUGGCUGUUUACUCCAUGCUUUGGACGUUGCUGAAUCUUCGAACCUAUGAGCCAGCAAUUUGGGGUACGCAAUGUCAAGAGAUCAUGAAUUUUUUGCUGACUGCCUGCCAAGGGCUGUGUAGCUUAGCCGCUCAGCCUUUCUUUCGUGAGAUCUUGCGGUGUUGGGGCCGAGAUGAUCUUGGACACCUUGUGUCCACCAUCUCACAACAGGACUCGUCAGAGUUCAUCCAUGUUUGGUUGCAGCAAAUGCAGACCUCAGCCUUUUGGAUGCAGUGGGAAAAACGUGUGAUCAUUUCCGAUGCUCCUCAUGCAAUGGAUGCAAGCAGAGAACGUUACAUGCCCAUAUGCCUCAAGUUUGAUGAACUCUCAGUGCGAUCUGAUUUUUGCACCUUGAACUCCUUGAUUUCAACUUGGCAACAGGUGGAUGGCAUGACCACAGCGCUUCUUCAUGCCCCUGACUGCCUAUGCGUGCACAUUGACAGAUGUGUGCUGAAUCCUGACAUGUCCAUUUCCAAAUGUAGGAGCAAACUGCAGACGGAUGAAGAGUGCUUUUUUCCUGUUUUCACUGGAGAUGGCAUUGCACAUGUUUUUCAUGGAUAUAUGGUGGUUGCGGUGAUGUCCCACUUGGGUUCAGAUGCUGCUGGCCACUACAGAGCGGCCAUGAAAAUUCGCUCAAUGAUUGGGCAGUGCAACAAUCCGAUUCAGUGGCUGAUCACCGAUGACUGGCGCAAACCGGAGGCAGUCUGGACUCAGCCCAUUUGGAUUCAGGAAGAAACCACCAUGGCCUGGCUUGUGAAAACGGAGACCAUCAAUGAUCGGAGCGGAGUUGCCCCUGGACCUCCACCACGAUCUGCACAGCUUUCUUUGCAUGACAGCACUGAUGACGAACGGCCUGCACAGGAAGAUGACAUACCAGAAUUGGGUUCAGCCAUUGCCUUGCUGACCAGACCUGAUCAAAGCUUGAAUGCCCCACUGGCUGCAAAGCGAGCUCGUGUUCACGAAGACACUACGUUGGAGCGGUUCGAUGAGUUACUCUCCUGCCCUGAUGCUGAUGUGCCUUCGGAUCACCUUGCACCAUCCGGACACUCGGCGUUUUUCAGAACAGCAUCAAUUUGCGGCAUUCUGCUCUUGCCCUGGACUUUUAUCAUGAUCACCGCUGACAACUUGAUGUCAUCACAGCCUGAGCUGAGUGGGGGUGAGGGUUGUCUCGAUGAGUCAUGGAUCGAGACUGAAGCAGACUUCAAUGCCUCCAGCCUGUAUAACCUUUUGACUGCAAACUUACAUGACAAAGCGCUGCAAAUGGACUGCGGUCCUGAGAGUUCUGGCAGGCCAUGCCACCCGCUAAGUGGGGUGCAGAAGCGCAGUUACAAAAGGGCGAUUCGAAGGGCGCAGCAAUGUGGCAGUGCUUGGUAUCGUGGCAAAUGCAUGACGCUGGAUCAACUGGCACCUGGCACCACACCGAUCAGAUCAAUAUCCAAUCACCAGCACACACAGCCACCAACGAGGCCACAUCAGAUUCCUCAGAACAGAAUGCACAUCGGCCAUGUGAAUAUGGGUGGACUCGCACAAGAGCGCCUCCAUGAGGUAAAGAUCUGGGCGCUUCAAUCUGCAUUGGAUAUUUUGCUCCUGAGUGAAACGCGCUGGUCAUUUGAAGCGGAGUGGACCGACCAGUGGUGGUACCAUAUCCAUUCCGGAACUGAAAGUGACAAGGCUGAUGGACUGCUUUUUCUCAUCAGAAAAUCCUUGUGCCGCCCAGACCAGAUUGGAUUCACAGCUCCACUGCCAGGCCGCCUGGGCCACCUGAGAUUGCAUUUCCAGAAGAGAUCCAUGGACAUACUAGGAUGUUAUCAAUAUGCUGACACCAUAGAUCAUCACCGUAUGCACCACCGUAGUCUUUUUUGGAAUAAACUGGAACAACAUGCCGCGCACUUGCCGCACCGCAACAGUGUUCUCAUUUUGGGAGAUUUCAACUGUAGUGCCACGCCAGCUGGACCCUAUGCUGGCACCAAUCAGCAUACAUGGAAAGGAGCACUUUGCACCAGCUCCCCACACCGAGACAGUCAUGUCUUCAUGGAGUUUUUACAGAAGUUUCAUCUCAACAUUUUGAACAGCUGGAAUGCCAAGAAUCCCCCAACGUUUGAGCACAGUUUUGCAGCCUCUAGCAUUGAUCACAUGAUCAUGAGAAUUGCCGAUACUGAUGCCACUGCCAAAGAUGUGAAAUUCAUCACUGCAGCCCCUUUUCUGCCACUGGCCGGUGCUCGACACACGCCAAUGAUUUGUUCCGUGAGGAAAAUCCCGUAUGUGUUCACUCGCAAAGCACAGGCCAAUGUGUGCAAUUUCCAACAGACCAGACAGCUGAAGCACCAGAAGAUGCAAGACCUACUCCUAGAAGUUGCACAUGCAUCCUCCAGACAUGAUAGCUUUGCCGUUUAUCAAACCAUCCGGAAGUAUACGCCAAAACAGCCCAUGAAACGCAUACGACUCCGUUUGAUGGAUGGCACCCCAGCCAAUGCUGAACAGGUGAUGAACAUGACCAGGGACUACAUUCAGGAGAUCUGGCAUGACUCUGAACCCAUUCAGCUGCUUCAACCAGCACCAACGGGCAUUCCGUUUGAUUUGGAUGAACUUGUUUUGGAAAUUUCCAAAAUACCUGUCACCAAAGCAGUAGCACGCAGCUGCCUUCCUGGCAUUUGUUGGAAGACCCAUGCUCAACAGGUUGCUGAGUUUUUUUACGCCAAGCUCCAGGUCUGGUGGACCCAGCAACCAGUGUUCAUACCCCAGCAGUGGAAAGAUGCGCAUUUGACUUUUAUCAAUAAACCCUCCAAGACUCCAGAUAGACUUGGUCAUCUUCGACCGUUGGCCCUGUUGGAACCGGUAGGGAAGUGCAUCUUAGGUCUCAUCACAGCCAAAUUUGCAGCUGCAGUCCAGCCACUGCUUUGCCCCUGGCCACAACUGGCAUUCAUGCGUCAAAGAUCAACCUAUGAUGCCAUUCGAAGGGUUAUCACACAUUGCAACAAGGUUAGAACCAUGACUGCCUCCCAGCGUCGCAGUGUGCAUGCCCGUGCCAAGCAAGAACCCUGCUAUCAGAUCUGUGGUGGGAUACAAGUGCUGCUGGACGCAAACAAGGCCUUCGAUCUUGUCCCCAGAAAGUCACUGUUUGGCUUCAUCAAUGCCCUGCCCAUCGAUCAGGUGUUGGUCACUUUGCUGAGUGAAUGGCACACAAACACAGCGUACGUUGUAUCAGAUGGAAGCACUGCUCAACGAGUUGCAACGGGACGGGGAGUCAGACAAGGAUGUCGUGCAGCUCCAAUAUUGUGGUCAAGCCACACACUUCACUUGUUUUACCAACUGCGAGACAACAUCAGCGCACAGUGGAUCAAAAGUUGCCUCACUGCUUUCGCUGACGAUCUUCAUUGUUGCGAGGAGUUUUACAGUGAAAUGCAACUGCAGUCGGCCCUAAAGAGGUUGCCUGUCCAGACUCAAGCCAAGUAUUUGGGUGUCAUGGUAGGAUACAACUUGUUUGAACGCAACACUGCUCUGCUGACCAUUCCUGGCGACGAGGCAGUGGACCCAUCCAGGCAUUUUGCCUUGAGCGUACAGACCAGGAUGGCUUCUGAUCAGCAGUAUCCGAAACUGACCCCUGCGGCGUUGACUCUGUUGAUGACCAAACCAUAUGGACCUACAGCACUGCAAUGUGUCCGUGAACGCAACUGGGAUGCCCUGCAAACUCAGCCUGAUGCCCUGACUGACUGGACACAUCACUGUGUUCUUUGUGGAGUUUUUUGCAACAGACCGCAGGAUCUGAACCUGCACAUGCGGACGCAGCAUCCCACAUUGCUGCCGCACGUGAUGUCCAAGGCAAUGAAGUUCUGCGUUGUGAUGUCUGCGCUGAACAUUUUCAGGCAGCUUGGAAUGAUGGUGCAGAAGAUGGCGCAACCCAUGUUCUUGCCUUGGACGUUUGAGCGUGCACAGCUGCGCCAGUUUUUGGCAGCUGUACAUCAUGAGCCUGCAAGUGAACGACUGUGUGAUGUCCUGACUGCCAGACACUUUGACCAACUGUGGAACUCACUGACCGAUCAGUCUUGGCUCAGAUUCACCUGCAGCACCAGUGCCCUGUUGCCCUACAAACUGCAUUGCUUCUUCAAGAUCAUGGACUACUCGCCACACUUCACGGCAGAGGACUCCGCAAUGCUGGAGACGUUCAAGCAGAUGGGCUCACUGCUCACCCAAGAAAGGUACGCUCGACCCGACGUCGCCAGGGAGAGCAAGAAACACAAGCCGAAUGGGGCAACGCCAGAAGAACCAGACGUCGCAACGCUGCCCCUAUUGAGGGCAAUGGGCCAACUACUGCUACGAGUGGAUGCGGAGCAACAAGCUCUCAAACGUCAAGACUCAUGGAUUUGCUUUAUGCAAACCGAGCCGCAGGCCCUGCUCCCAGCGCUGGUCCAGAAGGCAGCCGAAUGGAAACAGAGGCUGACAGUGAAGCAGGAGACCCCGGAGGUGCCGUUCUUGCCACUGAGAUGCUAUCUGGCCCAGCACCUGGCGGCCACAUUGAAUCAGAGGGUUACCCGACUGGCCAGCUGCGGCAACGAGGACCCACUGAAGAAAGUGGCCCUGGAUCAGGGAGUUCUGACCCGGAAGGCCAGUUUGUGUUCCAGCGCUGGAGCCCACAAGCACAGGCCAACAGCUCCAGACAAUGCUGGGGAAGGGUCAAGGCAAAGCGCCGAGCAAAGGCAAGGGCAAACAUCAGAACAAAGCCAAAGUGCAGCAAUAGCGGAUAGCUCUGAUGAUGUUGCUCUGCCAAACAGACACUCUUUGCUACGGGGCCUGGCCAAUAUCCGACUGGCCAAUGACUCCAACUGGUGCUAUGUGAAUGCGGCCUUCCUGACCAUACUUUGGUCCUAUCUGAGUCUUCAAACGUUUGACUUGGACCAGUGGGGAUCUCAUGCCAUCCAAAUUGCCCAACUUUUAUAUCGAUCUGGUUCGGAACCCAUUGAACUGUCAAAGAUUGAUUUUUUGCAACCAGUUUUUGAACAAUGGCAGCAUUUGGGCAAUCAGGGUGACCCGGUUGAAUUUCUUGCUCAUCUGAUGCGGGGACUCAGUUUUACUGGCAUCAAUUUGAGUUGGGAAAAGCGUGUGCAGAUUGGUCUCCUCACUGAAGUCAUGGAUGAAAGUGAUGCUUACACACCACUUAUUUUGCAAUUUGAUCCGGCUAUGUUACAGGAUGACUCCUUAACUUUGAGCCAAAUGAUUCGUGAUUGGUCCAAUCAAGAUGGAAUGGUGACUGCGCUGACGCACCAGACACCCCUCAUCUGUGUGCAACUGGACCGACACAUUCGCUCAGGCACUGGACAGAUUGCUAAGUGCGACAUCCCAGUCAAUUUCCACUGGGGCAUUGACUUGCCUUUUUACACUGGACAGGACCUUGCCAUCCACUGGCGCUCAUACAGAGUCAUUGCUGCCAUUGCGCACUUAGGUCAUGACACAGCAGGCCACUGCAGAACCAUGCUGAGAGUCCAGAUGAACUCUACAGCGCGGGAACCAUACAUGUUUCUUUUGACUGAAGAUUGGACGCAGGCCAAACCGAUCUGGAAGGAGCCUUCUUGGUUUUUGCGUAACAUCUCCUGCUUUUGGCUUGGUGAAUGGGAUUCCGUUGAUCUGCAUCAAUUUUCAGAGCCUGCCCUGAGCCAUAACACGCGACUGACUGCAGUGACGCCUUCCGUGGUGGGUGCACAAGAUUUGCUCAGCCACUUUGUUGAGGGAACCGAUGACAGUGUCCUGAACACCUGA